AGGACAUCGCUUUUAAACUUGUUUGGAUGGCUUUUUUUCUUUUUUGCUACAGUGUGCACACUGAUUCUUUUAAAGGAUUACUUUUUUCAAUAAAGAGGAUUAAUUGAUUUUUUCCUGGACUGAGCCUAUUGUUUGGAGAAGAGUUCUGCUGGAGGCCGUUUGGCUGAAUCCUCUUGGACCAGUCUUCAGUGUUUGGACACCAGACGGAUCUCUCUAUGGUCCGGUGGGUCUUACAGUAUGUUGCCGAUAACACCAACCAAUGGAUGCGACGGAACAUGCGGCUCCUUCUUGACCACUAUACGGUGACCCAAUCUAGUUUGCUGACUAACAUAAAAGAGUGGCUUGAUUCGGCUUGGGAACAAGUAUGAAGUGAUGGCGGUUUCUUCUGGCACCUCUGCUUUGACUUCUGUACAGACCCUUCCCAAUGUAGAUUUGGAUCGAUCAGAACAUGCAGGUUUUUCUUGUGAGCCCUCGUCUCGGAUCUCCACAAACUUGAUCCCACAGGUCCAUUCGACGGUGGUUGAUGUCAGUUUCUGCAAGGCCAAACCGGUCACGGUUGAGGCAGAGAUGCAUCAUUUGCCCACAGAGGAUUUGAUCCAAUUGUGUGAUACUCCAGAUAGAACUCUAGUACUUGGAGAUAAGAUUGUUGAUAGUGAGAUACAAUCAUGUGAUAUUGUCUUCAGUAAUGUAGCUGUCCCUAUAUCACAAACUAUUCUGCCUUGUACCCCUAAUUCUGACUCGGUGAAGGAGGCCGAUUCGGGAUCAGGUAAAGAGGCUGUGAUGAAGGACAUAAUAAAGGACUCUUGACCAAGGUCUUAUCUGAAGCCUCCUCAUUUUUAACUCCAUCUUCUUCCCGGCCUUCCGUAUCACCCCUGCGUUUGUCUGACAUUUCAGUGAAUGAUGCUCCGCUCCGAGCAGCUUCAACUCAACAGGCUGAGAUGGUUUUGGAGAGAGCUGGUUCUCCCCGUUUCCCUGUCAAACAUCCCAGAUCUACCAGAAAGAUUCAGGAUUGGCAUUUGAAGGUUCACAAACCGAUCGUAUUCAUAGGAGAUUCCAAUUUGGCUCGUAUUCCACAGUUUUAUAAUCCUUUGGUACAGAUAGACAGUUUUCCGGGUGCUAACUUCUUACACAUCGCUAAGGUCUUGCAGAAACUGACACCUAAUCCGAAUACUCAGAAGGUAAUCCUGGCUUUGGGCAUCAACAACAAAGAACAACUGCUCCAACAGACAUCUAAGAAACAGUUACAAGAAUUGUGGAGAUCGGCGGCGACAGCUUUCCCCAAUGCGAUGGUCUAUACCCCUGUGAUCCACUUCUCUGAUCUGCUCCCUGCCUCUCAACAGAAAAACCUGAAGAAACUCAAUGAGUUUAUUUGUACCAGUACUAAGUUUCUUACUGAACUUUCCCCUCUUAGGUUUAGGGUGAACCCUAAGGAUCCGGUCCACUGGACUAGGCAGACGGCGAUCGACAUUUUGGCACAUUGGCUGGACCAAUUAAACUACUAGAUUCGGAAAAGUGUAUCUCGGUUCAACACACCGUACGAAAUAACAUUAUUAACCUCUCUAGAACAUUUAUACUUACAGAUUCGCAGGAGCAGCUCCUGAGCAGGGGUCUGACUUUUGUGCCGACGCCACGGAGGGUGGUUCCUGGAGAGCUCUUGGAAGACGUCCAUGCCUUUUAAUAGAACGUUGAAAUUGUUAGACUAUUUUGAUUAUGAAUCGGAUAUAGAACGUUUACCCUUUCUUAAUAAAUCAAAUUGGACCCCCAAGAUUGAGACAAUUUCUUCACCCAUUUCAAAACUAGUUCAGAAUAAUUACAGGACAGUUACCUUAUUAAAUUCUCCAUUGUUGGAUAGGGAUAAUUUGGAUCGACAUCAGAGAUUAGCUUUGACACAAUUGAAGAACAACAAAGAUAUUGUUAUAAAACCUGCUGACAAAGGCUCGGCUGUAGUCAUAUUGGACAGACAACAAUAUUUGUUGGAAGCUCGUCGACAACUUGACAAUCCAGAUCAUUAUAUUCGAUUACCACACUCGAUACAGAAUCAAACGCAGUCUUUAUUGAUUGUCUUCCAAAAAUUACAGACUAAAGGUUACAUUAAUCAUAAACAAAAAAUGUACCUCAUAGGACCGAAUCCACCACGGCCACGAUGCUUCUAUCUGCUUCCCAAGGUACACAAAGAUCCUAAGGCAUGGACGAUCCCUUUCGAGGUUCCCCAGGGCCGCCCUAUCGUGUCCGAUUGUGGCAGCGAGUCGUACAAUUCAGCACAAUAUGUCGACCAUUUUUUGAAUCCACUUUCUCAAAUUCACGACAGUUAUUUAAAAGACGCGUAUGAUUUCAUAGAGAAGAUUCGGGACAAAUCCUUUCCUGGUCAUGCUUUUCUCUUUACAGCUGACAUCGAAUCACUUUACACCAACAUUGACACUCGAUUGGGCCUUGAGGCAGUCAGAGAGUGCUUCAAUAGACAUCCAGACCCUUGUCGGCCGGAUGAUCUUAUAUUGCAGCUGUUGGAGAUCAACCUGACCAGGAAUGAUUUCGAAUUUGAUAAACAGUGUUAUCUACAGAUCCAGGGUACGGCGAUGGGUAAGAUGUUCGCUCCUUCUUAUGCCAAUAUCUAUAUGGCUUAUUGGGAGCGGACAUUGCAAUCCAAAUUUACGGAAAGGCCUGCUCUCUAUUUCAGGUAUUUGGAUGACCUCUUUGGUGUCUGGUCCCACGGCCCUGAGUCAUUCGAUCGGAAAAACCAGAACUUGAAGGAUUUGUUGGUCAGAUCUUCGCUUCCUUCGGAUCCUGUGGCAGCACCUCCGACUUGGACAAAGUAUUUCCGCCAGCCUAAAGUCCUGUGGACCGAUCCUAGGGGACAUGUUGCUUUACCUCGCAUAACCUUAUUGACUCGGAAUGUUGUAUAUUUGAUAACCUGUACUCAUUGUGAUCACCGAUAUGUGGGGGAAACGGGCAAAACACUACAGACACAACUGAAACAACAUCUUCGUAACAUUAACCUUCAGAAUCUCAACACACCAUUAGUAAAACAUUUUGCUUCUAUAGAUUUGUCUUAUUUCAUUAUUUCUGGAUUGGAGGCGAAUUUUCUAUGGUCUUCUGGGGAAAGGAAACGGAGGGAGAUGGUUUGGAUAAGGGAUUUGAACACCUCUUUUCCGUGUGGGUUCAAUAUUGGGGAUCGGGUAUGGGCUGAAGUGGGAGAUCCUGUUUGGUAAUUCAUGGUCUAGAUUGUACACCCCCCCCUUUCUGUUUUCUUUGAAGUGAUGUGAUGGUAUAUUUGACUUUGGGAGUGAUUAGUAUGAAAUUUGAUGGUUGGCACUUAUACUUUAGCACUUGGAGACCAUGUAGAGCC